AUGAUGCUCGCCGAAUGGGAGCGGAUUCUAAGCAAAGGCCUGCAGCGGCUCCCCGCCCAGCACAACUACCGAUAUGGACCCUCCGCAGAGCGAGACGUGCUGGAGAUCCUGUUUCGCUCCUUGACCGCUCAUAACGAGACCUACCUCCGCCAACUAUUCCCAGAUGGACUGCCGACCGGACCGUGGAAGCUAGCGGAGGCCCAAGGUGCCAAAGAAGGCGCGGAAUACACAGAAGCGGCGCGGGGGAAACGUUGUGGCCAUAUCUUCAGAGCCGGUGAGGCUACGUAUCGGUGCAUCACCUGCGCCGCGGACGAUACCUGCGUGCUCUGCAGUCGCUGCUUCGACUCUUCCGACCACACCGGCCACCAGUAUCAGAUUUCCUUGUCGUCCGGGAACUGCGGCUGCUGUGACUGUGGUGACGAGGAGGCCUGGCGCUUGCCGUUGUUCUGUGCUAUCCAUACCGACAGUGGCGAUAAGAAGGGCAAACAGCGCGCCCAGUCCCAGCUCCCCCAGGAGUUGGUCGAUGCCGUCAGACUCACCAUUGGUCGGGCGUUAGAUUAUUUCUGCGAUGUCAUCUCCUGCUCCCCGGAACAGCUACGACUGCCGAAGACAGAGGAGGGGAUUAAAGAGGACGAGGAAGCAUCUCGGCUGCGUCCGGGCUGGUAUGGCACUGGUGAUCCGGCGGAGGAAGAGCCGGAGUAUGCUCUCGCCCUCUGGAAUGAUGAGAAGCAUACCAUCCGUGAUGUCGCUCACCAGGUCAGUCGGGCUUGUCGGGAACGUGAUCGCUACGGAAUGGAUAGGGCCCAUGAGACGAAUGACAUUGGGCGGAGUGUGAUUAAGUACUCGAAGGACUUGGGCCGAUUGAUGGCUGUAUCAAAGGUCAUCGAGCAGAUCAAGGUCACCGCUACGAUCCGUUCCGCUCGUGACACGUUCCGCGAGCAGAUGUGUGGAACUAUUGUUGAGUGGCUUGCGGACAUCUCCGGAUGUAGUGUUUUCGAUGACAAUGAGAUCCUGCGUCACACCAUCUGUGAGGAACUGCUCAGUCCCUGGCGCCGCGGCAGUGGGGCUGUCAAUGCGGAUAUCGGAAAGAAGGGCAUCGAUGACCACCAGAGGUCGGAAAAUGCCCCUUACCGCACGGUGAUGCUCACGGUGUCUCCUCAGGGCCAGGUUGUGCUGGCUACCGAUGAUGAUGAUGAUGACGAAGACGAGGAAAUUGAUAAUGCUAAUGAUGAUGGCGGCAACGAGGACGAAGAUGAAGAGUUCGUCGAAGGCCAUGACGAAGACGCAGACGAUGAAUAUGACGAUAUGGAGAUCGAUCUGAACAGACUACAAGAAGAGGCCGACGAGGACGGGGACAUGGUGAUGGGUAACGAGGAGGACGCUUUUGACAUUGCUCAAACGAUCCUAGGGCUUGCUCAACAGCAGCCCGCAGCUUUCGACGCCCAGCAACCGCAGGAGCAACAAGAACAGGAGCAACCAGAGGAAAAUCGCCCGGAGCCGCAAGCCACAGCCAACGACCCUAACUCUACUGAGGCAUGUGAGCUUCCACCCAUGUCCUACGUCGCUAUCCCCAAGACGCCAUCGGGCACAGUCAAGCCUUCUCCCGCCAAGACCCAGAGUCACUGGCAAGUUAGGCCUUCCCUUCCCAACAUUGGAGAGCAGAUCCCUCCUUAUGAGGACUUGUGGCAACGUACCCGCCUCGAUUGGAUGAUUCUGUUUGAUCUCCGACUGUGGAAGAAGACGCGUACCGAUCUUCGUGACCUCUACAUCGGCACUGUUGUCAAUGUUCCUCAAUUUAAGCGAAUCAUGGGCCUGCGUCUGUCAGCCCUGUACACAGCUCUUGCGCAGCUAUACCUGGUUGCGGACAGAGAGCCGGACCACUCUAUCGUCAACUUGUCUCUGCAGCUUUUGACGACUCCGUCCAUUACGGAAGAGAUCGUGCUGCGUGGCAACUUCCUUACCAAGGUGAUGGCCAUCCUGUAUACAUUCUUGACCACUCGACAAGUCGGUGAACCGUUCGAGGUGAACCCCAAUGCAACCUUGGCGUUUGAUACCGGGUCCGUGACUAAUAGACGCCUGUACCAUUUCUUCCUGGAUUUGCGAUACCUCCUGCAGUCGGAGUAUGUGCAGCACCGCGUCCGGACCGAGGAGCCGUAUCUCUCCCAGUUCCUGGAUCUCGUCAAACUCUCGCAGGGUAUUUGCCCCAACGUGCGUGCCGUGGGCGAGCAUGUCGAGUAUGAGACCGACUCUUGGAUCAGUGCCUCCAUUCUCAUGCGGGAGAUCAACCGUCUAUGCCGUCAGUUCUGUGAGGCUUUCCGCAACCCCGAAGUCGAUGGCGGUGAAAAGCUGUUGCGCGCAAUCCGUGUGGCGACCAUUGCUGCAGUUGCGCACUCGACCGGACUCGAGCGCCAGCGUUUCGACCAGGCCGAGAUCAAGGAGUAUGUUCGCUUCAAGUCUCUGCCGCCAUUCGAUUUCGAAGUGAACCAGCAAGUAGUCCCACGCUACCGGGUGGUGGACUUCGUUGUGGAGCGUGGCUGGAUGAGUUUCCACCAUGCCCUGCAUUAUACGCUGUCGUGGCUGCUGGAAUGCGGUCGUAAUAUCAGCAGUGCUCUGAUGCGGGAUGUACUCAUGGAAGCGGCCCAGGCUGCGAAUGACAUGUAUGUCCAUGACAGCCAGCUCAGCCCCGAAGACCUGCUGCUCUCGAUGUUCGACUAUCCUCUCAGGGUAUGUGCUUGGCUCGCGCAGAUGAAGGCUGGUAUGUGGGUCCGCAACGGUCUUAGCCUUAAGCAUCAGAUGUCGCAGUACCGGGGAGUCUCAUCUCGAGACUUUGCAUACUAUCGCGAUAUAUUCUUGCUUCAGACUGCGUUGGUGACAUGCGACCCGAGUCGAGUGCUUGCGUCCAUUGCGGAUCGGUUUGGCAUGGUAGACUGGAUGACGAGGGACUACACGCCGCGUGCUGGCUAUGAAGAUACCCAGAUAAUCGACGUCGCCGAGGAGUUUGUCCAUCUGCUUGUCAUCUUACUGACGGACCGGACCUCGCUUACAGCAGUCGAUGACAGCGAUAGCGCGACCCGUGAAAACAUGAGUCGCGAUAUCGCACACGUCCUGUGCUUCAAGCCACUUUCCUUCUCCGACUUGUCGACUCGUCUUAGUGACAAGCUGCUCGACUCGGAUAUGUUCCAGGACGUGCUGGAGGACGUAGCAGGAUUCCGCCCGCCUGAAGGGUUGAACGAUACCGGAACCUUCGAGCUCAAGCCGGAAUACAUCGACCUGAUCGAUCCCUAUAGCGCUCAUUACAGCAAGAACCAGCGUGACGAGGCAGAGAGCAUCUACCGCGAGUGGGUGGCUAAGAAGUCUGGAAAGAAAGCAUCGGACAUCGUGUUCGAGCCAAAGCUGCGCCCGAUCACUUCGGGUGCUUUUGCGGAACUUCCUCGCUUUACCAGGACGCUGGUCUUCACUCAGAUGGUGCACCACUGUCUGGACUAUGUGGUGUCGUCUAAGCAGCGUACUCCGAAUAUUCCAUCCACCCGAGUUGAGACUUUCUUGCAGGUCGUUCUACAUCUGAUCCUUACCGCUUCACUCGAAGACAACAGUGAAGAAGAUGAGAUGUCCGAUGAUUCUUCUCCGUCCUUUGUGUCACAUGCGUUGACCAAUGCUAAAGACACGACGCAGGGUAGCUCGUUGACCAUCGUGGGUCUCUUGGAAAAGAUCUCUGUGAUUCCCGAGUUCUCCGCGUGCGGGCCCAAGAUCCGUCAUAUCCUGAAGCGGCUCUGGCAGAAGCGCCCUCAAGCCUACGCUUCCGCCACUGCUUCCCUCAAGUUCCCGUUCGAUAGAGUUGACACCAGCUCUCCUGCAAUUGACACCGACAAUGAGAAAGAACUGAAGAAGAAGCAGGCCCUGGAGAGACAGGCGAGGGUUAUGGCACAGUUUCAGCAGCAGCAGCAAAACUUUCUUAACAGUCAAGGCGCGAUUGAUUGGGGCGAGGAGGAGGAUUACAGCGACGUCGAGCCUGAACCCGAGACUGCCCAGGAGACCAAAUUGUGGAAGUACCCCGGCGGCACCUGCAUCCUCUGCCAGGAGGAGACAAACGACUCGCGUUUGUACGGUACUUUUGCUUUGAUACAAGACAGCAGCAUCAUGCGGUUGACGGAUAUUCGGGACCCUGACUGGGUUCGGGAGGUGCUCGACACGCCAUCGAGCUUGGACAAGUCCGCAGAACACAUCCGCCCAUUUGGAGUCGCGGGCGAGAAUCGCACGACGGUUCGCCGACUGGACUCCACCGGUGGCGAGGUCAUCAGCGAGAAGGUCGGGUUGAGCAAGGGCUUUAACUCGAAAAAUACCCUUCGUGGUCCGGUCACAACGGGUUGCGGGCAUAUCAUGCACUAUUCUUGUUUCGAGGUGUACUUCACGGCCACCCAUCGCCGUCACACGCAACAAAUAGCGCGGAACCACCCCGAGCGUUUGCUCAACAAGGAGUUUGUGUGUCCUCUGUGCAAGGCGCUGGGCAACUCCUUCCUGCCCAUCAUCUGGAAGGGCAAGGAGAUAUCGUACCCGGGACCUCUGAACACUUCCGUCUCGUUUGAUGAUUUCAUGACUACCGAAGUGAGGUCAGCUCUUGCGCAACCCCGCAAUUAUGCAAUGCUCACGGAGAACAGCGAUAUGCAGCUGCAGUCGUAUGAGGACCUUUUCAAGGCUUACCUGUCAAAGACAUUGGUCCCUCCGCUGGCGACAAAGAUCGAGCAGCUAAUGACUACCUCUUCGCUUUCGUCGACAGGCCAUUACGCUCCGACUGCGAGAAUGCCGAUGCCUGGUGUCUUCCCCUCUCAGGAUGAUAACUCCGCCUCCAGUCCACUCCAACAAUCCCCUAGCUUGGGUGGCAGUACCAUGUCCGAACUGAUGCAGAUCUACAAGAGACUCAAGCAGACUAUUCGGAUGAAUCAUAUCCCGUCAACAUUCAGCCACCAUCCGGAUACGUCCGAGAGCAGCGAUCUACUACACACCGAUUCCUUGUUCCAGAGCUUUGGUUUCAGUAUUGCGGCCGCUGAAAUUUCUCAGCGUGGUGUGGAGUCGGAUGCAGGGUCAACUCUGUUGGACAAAAUUCCCCAGCUGACGCUCGUGCAUCUUCGCAUCCUGGCUGAGUCUGCCCUGUCUUAUGCAGCAGUUGGGUGUGUGUAUAACGGCAGCGUGCCUCACAGUCGCAGUGCGGAUGAGUUCCACGAGAUGCACCGCCAGAAGAUUUGCCAGCUGUUCAUUGGCCACCCUUGCUUAAGCGGUACCGCUCUGCUCAAUGAUGUGCGUGAAAUCGAGCCGUUGCUGGGCAAGGACACAUUUGUGUUCUUGGCGGAGUGCUCUCUUUCCCUCUCGUCGGUACUUCCUAUCGACAUUCGCCACCUGAUCCAGAUGUGCUAUGUCGCGGAAAUUGUCAAGGUUGCGGUCACUUAUGUUCUCUGGCCUCUGGGUCUGAAGGAGGUACUGUCGCGGCGCAACGACGAUGGUUACGUGUCAGUCAUGGAUCCGACGGAUAUACGAUACCAAGCCAGUCAUCACUUCUUCAACAGCAUCAUUGCAGAGCUGAAGGCCAAUUCCGUGGGCCGUGCGGAGGGGUCAUCCCGCCCUGCUGCGAGUGGCUACGUCAAGGACGGCGGGGACUCCCCAACCCAGGACGUGAUACUCACACUCAGACAACUCGUAUCGAGAUACGCAUUGACCUUCCUCCGCAAGGUGGUCAUUCUGCUUCAUGUCCAACAUGGCGUUGAGUUCCCGAGCACAAGCUUCAAUGAUGCGAAUGCGUCCGAGCUGGAUCGUUUGACCAAGAUUCUCAAUCUUCCGUCGCUGGACGAGAUCUUCGCAUCGGUCAACCCUGCGUGUGAAAGUGGCAAGCCAUUCGAUGCCGUAAUCUCUGGGUGGAUCUUCCACUGGAACGCAUCGCGGUCUGGCAUUCGCAUUGGCGAUCACAAACUGUGGCCCAGCCUUCCCCAUCCGGCGAUCUUCGAGCUGGUCGGGCUUCCCAAGUACUUCGACAGCUUGAUCGAAGAAGCCAACCGGCGCCGGUGCCCGAAAUCGAAGAAGGAGCUGAGCGAUCCGAGCAUCUGCCUCUUCUGCGGCGACAUCUUCUGCUCGCAGGCCGUGUGCUGCAUGGAGAACGGUCUGGGCGGGUGCAACCAGCACGUUCAAAAGUGUGGCAAGAACAUCGGCUUGUUCAUCAACAUCCGGAAGUGCACCGUGCUGUAUCUGCACAGCCAUUUUGGAUCGUGGCACUACGCGCCCUACCUCGACCGACACGGCGAAGUUGACCCGGGCCUUCGACGCAACCGCCAACUGAUCCUCAACCAGAAGCGGUACGACCGGCUCCUGCGCGACGUGUGGCUGUCCCACGGGGUGCCCGCGACCAUCAGCCGCAAGCUGGAGGCGGACAUCAACAACGGAGGAUGGGAGACAAUCUAGAGGCGGACGAUGAGAUUGGUUUUCCUUGUGUAUCACUCGACGGCGCAACUCGUCUCGUAUAAUCACCCGACAUUAUAGUGUGGAAAGCUCAUGACGACUUCGUGCAUUGACCGGUUAGUGAGUGCAUUCUUGAAGAUACUUUGAUUUAUAUGUACCUACGUGAUCGCAGGGGUCUUCGGCGUCGAGCUAUUGCUGGUUGUUUGGCUAUUGUGUGAUAGCCUUCGUGUCGUUAGGAGUAGUAUAAUAAAAUGGAUGAGUGGUUAUCUUGUGGAUGAAGUGGUGGUCUUCAUCGAUGGUGUAAUUGUUAAUAGCAAUGGCAUCAUAUUACUGCCUAUCUCUACAUCCACAAAGGCUGCUGCCUAC